GGCAGUGACAGCUCGGUGGCUACAAGUCAAACCAUUGGCUUUCCUUUAACGUGAUGAGGCUCAAGUGUUCGUGGAUGUGUCAUUAUAAUCUGGUUUCAGGUUUGCCUCUAAAGAGGAUUCAGAACAGUCUUCAUCAGAAAGCUUCAUCCAUCUGUUCAUCUGUCUGCACGUUCAUCAUGCUGCAACGAGAGCUGAGAUUUCUCACUUUGUUUGUGCUACUAUGCCAGCAUGGUGUCAAAGCAGUAGACCUCAUCACCUGUGAGGGAGAAACUGCCAGUCUCACCUGUGCACAGGGAACCAUUAAGGUGCUUUCUGCCAACUAUGGGCGUACGGACAGCACAACCUGCUCUACUGGAACACCAGCUAACCAGCUCUCAAAUGUUCAGUGCACUCAGAGCACAUCCCUAAGUGUGCUGACCACACAAUGUGGUGGAGAGCAGAGCUGUUCCAUAGUUGUGGGGAAUGCAGCUUUCACUGAACCUUGUUCUGGAACUUACAAAUACCUGUAUGUGUCUUACGAGUGCAUCUUACCACCACCGACACCCCCACCACCAACGACACCGCCACCAACGACACCCCCACCACCAACAAGUGCACCAACAAAUCUGGUUACCUGUCAAUCAGGAACUGCCCAUCUCAGCUGUGACCAGGGAACCAUUAAUGUGCUUUCUGCCAACUAUGGGCGUACGGACAGCACAACCUGCUCUGCUGGAAGACCAGCCGGACAACUCUCAAAUGUUCAGUGCACUCAGAGCACAUCCCUAAGUGUGCUGACCACUCGGUGUAAUGGAAAACGAGAUUGCUCCAUUUCUGUGAACAACGCAGUUUUUGGUGAUCCAUGUGUAGGAACUUACAAAUACCUGAUUGUGUCUUACACCUGUGUCCCAAAAUCAAUUAUAAUCUGUCAAGAUAAAAGCAGGACCAUUACUUGUGGGGGGCGUCGCCGACUUUACAUUCACUUUGCUAAUUAUGGGAGGAGAGAUACGGUGACCUGCCCUUACCCUGAUCCUACAGCCAUGUCCUCCAUAUGCAUCUCCUCUGAGACCAUGACCCUGCAACUCCGGUGUAAUGGAAAGAAAAAUUGUCACUUGCGUGCUUCAAAUUCUAAUUUCAUUGAUCUGUGCCCUCACAUCCAUAAGUAUUUGGAGGUGUCUUACAGUUGUGAAUAACCAUGAUAAACCCGGCACAUCCACACAUCUCUAUUUCCAUAAGUCUAUUGAGCUGGAGGGAAAUCUGUUUUCUGUGAGAUUGAAAAAUUACACAAGUGAUUUUAAUGCACUUAACGAUGUAAAGGCAGAUUUCUACUCAUUACUUUCAACCAUUGUGAAUCAUUUAUGCAGAAUCUGUGUCUUGUUGUAUUUUGGACCUGGUCUAAGGUUUGUUCUGUCAUGUCAACUGUCUUUUCAAUAAAUAA